UAAUAUAACAAAAAUACCAUCAUUUAAACUUUAGCUCUCUCUCCCUCUCUCUAUAGUUCCCAUUGUAUCAAACAUAUGAGUUCUUAGAGCUAGGAAAAAAGGUAACUUUGAGAGAGCCUUCAUAUGAUGAAAUCAUCAGAAGGAUUGCUGCUCAUUUUCUCUUUUCUUCUUCGUGCCAUCGUCUCCACCGCCGCCAGAGAAGCCGCGUUUGAUAGAAUAGAAGAGUUGCCGGGGCAGCCUCCGGUGAACUUCGAGCAGUUCUCCGGCUAUGUGUUGGUGAAUGAGAAGAGAGGAAGAGCUCUUUUCUAUUGGCUAACGGAGGCAACUGGUAAUGCUCAUGAGAAGCCCCUGGUUCUUUGGCUCAAUGGAGGACCCGGUUGCUCCUCAGUAGCCUAUGGAGCUUCUGAAGAAAUUGGACCGUUUCGGAUCAACCGAACCGGUUCAGGAUUGUACCUCAAUAAGUAUUCAUGGAAUAGAGAGGCAAAUAUAUUAUUUCUGGAAUCACCGGUCGGAGUGGGCUUCUCUUACACGAACACGAGCUCUGAUCUGAAGAAGUCUGGUGAUGAAAGGACCGCUGAAGAUUCACUGAUUUUCUUGAUCCGGUGGAUGGAAAGAUUUCCAAAAUACAAGCACAGGGAACUGUACAUUGCUGGUGAAAGCUAUGCGGGGCACUAUGUUCCUCAGUUGGCCAAAAAAAUUGUUGGCUACAACAAAGCUUCUUCAGAGCCUUUUAUCAACCUUCAAGGAUUCAUUGUGGGAAACGCCGUCACAGACAACAACUACGACAGCUUCGGCACCGUCACCUACUGGUGGACUCACUCCAUGAUCUCCGACCGAACCUACCACUCCAUUAUCUCCUCCUGCAACUUCUCUUCUCCUUCCACUUCCUCGCCAUGCGAUAGCUCCAUCUCCUACGCCAUGAACCAUGAGUUUGGCGAUAUUGAUCAGUACAGUAUCUAUACCCCUUCUUGCCCUGCAGCCACCGCCACCUCGCCGGAAAAUUCUUCCUUCGCCGCCAGCCGGAGGAUGCCGACCAGGCUGGGGAGGAGUGGAUUAUUGUUUCUUGGUAACCGCUUGCUAAGACGGAGGGGGUAUGAUCCCUGCACUGAGAUGUAUGCUGAAAGGUAUUAUAAUAGACGUGAGGUGCAGGAAGCCAUGCAUGCCAACGUUACCGGAAUAGCUUACAAGUGGACUGCGUGCAGCGAUGUGCUGAUCAAGACUUGGAGAGAUUCCCAGUUUUCUAUGUUGCCGACUUACAAGGAGUUGAUGGCUGCUGGACUAAGGAUUUGGAUCUUCAGUGGAGAUACAGAUUCAGUAGUCCCGGUAACAGCGACAAGACUUUCUAUCAACCAUUUAAACCUGACAGUUCAAAUUCCUUGGUACCCAUGGUAUACUGGCAGACAGGUUGGGGGCUGGACGGAGGUUUAUGAGGGCCUAACCUUUGCUACAGUCCGAGGAGCAGGCCAUGAGGUGCCAAUGUUCAAACCCAGGCGAGCAUUCCAGCUUUUCAAGUCAUUUUUGGCAGGAAAGCCAUUGCCAAAAUCAUGAUUUUUAUUCAUAAUUUUGAUGAUUAGAUGUAUUAAUCAUUAUAAUUAAAGGGUUUAGCCACCAAACUGAUGUUAAUUACAUUAUUAAUCAGUUUGUUGAUGAAUGACUUGUUGAAAAAAAAUGAAGAGAAAUUUUGAUAUUA